GGCGGGGCCUCAGGCGCAAAAACCCUAGCACCUUAGGGGUUUGUCUUCGGAGAGGAGUGACCGGAGUGGCGGCGGCGGUUGCGGAGUCUUCUCCCUGAGAGGGUCUUCGUGAGAGGAUCGACAUGUCGUCCGUGAUCAGAAAGGUGAUCAGCACCACCAAAGCCCCGGCGGCCAUCGGUGCCUACAGCCAAGCUGUGCUAGUGGACAGGACCGUUUACGUUUCCGGACAGGUUGGCUUGGAUCCCUCCAGUGGACAGCUUGUGCCAGGAGGAGUCGUAGAAGAAGCUAAACAGGCUCUUACAAACCUGGGUGAAAUUCUGAAAGCUGCAGGCUGCGACUUCACUAAUGUGGUGAAGACAACGGUUUUGCUGGCUGACAUAAAUGACUUUGGCACUGUCAAUGAGAUCUACAAAAUGUAUUUCAAGAGUAACCUCCCUGCCAGGGCCGCUUACCAGGUCGCCGCUCUGCCCAGAGGAAGUCGAAUUGAAAUCGAAGCAAUCGCUGUACUGGGGCCCUUCACCACCGCGGGACUAUAAGUGGCCAUGCUGACGUCGAUUCUGGGGUUUUUUGGUUUUGGGAUGUCUUUCACACCUUAAUUUUUACAAAUGAUGCUGGGAAGUGUAAGCGUGACCAAGUGGCUGAGUUUAUCGUGGGAAUGACCUUACGUAGGGAGACUUGACAUGAGCGGGAUGUGACUGGGUACCCUGGUGGAUGCUGUGACUGUAUUCACAUACACUCACGUCUCUGAGUCAGGGAAGGCUCAGCCGACCGCUCAGAUGAGCAGCAGGAGAGGGAAAGAUGAGCUGUUGUUAACGACAAACAGCAAAGAGCACACCUAAUUACUUAAAUUAUGCUAAUCUGUUCAUGUGAAGUAUCUAUUUCUCGUGUUAGAUACAGGAAACCAAAUCUAACUUGAAUAGUACGGGAGAAUAAAGUGAACCACAAUCUUAUACAGAUAAUAUUUUUCUAAUGGAAAUAAAAAUAGAUGUGUAACUUUC